CUGCUGGGGCAGAGGUGGGGAAAGGCGCCCUGCAGGGAGGGAGGCCCCCAAGAUGGCGAUGCUGGCGGAGCCCCGGAGAAAGCAGAAGUGGUCCGUGGAUCCACGGAACAGCGCUUGGAGCAACGAUGACUCCAAAUUUGGCCAGAAGAUGCUGGAAAAGAUGGGCUGGUCCAAAGGAAAGGGUCUCGGGGCUCAGGAGCAAGGAAAUCCAGAGCACAUCAGGGUUAAGGUGAAAAACGACGUGCUGGGAUUAGGAGCUACCAUCAAUCAUGAGGACGACUGGAUUGCUCAUCAGGAUGACUUCAACCAGCUUCUGGCUGAGCUGAAUAACUGCCAUGGACAGGGUGAAACAGAGUCUUCAGUGAAAAAGCAGAAAAAGACAUUCAGCCUUGAAGAAAAAUCCAAAUCUUCCAAGAAACGUGUCCAUUAUAUGAAGUUUGCCAAAGGUAAGGAUCUCUCAUCAUGCACUGAACAGGACCUGUCCUGCAUUUUUGGAAGAAGGCAGAAGAGUGCCAAGACCCAGGAGGAUAUUGCUGAUCCUGACUCCCAGGAAGAGAAGGAGGGGAACAAAUGGCUCUCCAGCCCUGGAGAUGCUUCCAACACAGUGAAGAGUGCUCUCACUGUUCAGGAGUAUUUUGCCAAGCGCCUGGCAAAGCUGAAAGGUUCCCAGCAGGAAACAGAACCAAAUCUGGAUCAUUCCAGCCCAACAGCUGAUGAAGCUGUGGAGCUUUCAGAAGAGCUGGAAACCAAAGUCAAAAAGAAAAAGAAGAAACAGAAGAGAGACGAUGAAGCAGAGAGGACAGAGGACUGUGAAAAAUUAGGGAAAAAGCCUAAGACAGGGAGCUUGAAUGGAAAAGUACUGGAUGAUCCACUAAGUGAAUGUCGCAAAAGGAAAAAAAAGAGGAAACAUAAAGAGGAGAAUGAAGGAGAAAACAUCAGUUGUGAUGAAAAUACAGGCCAUGGAGAAAUUUCUGUGGGAAUGUCUGAGGGGGAGGAACUCAGCACAGAGGAGCAGGAGGAAAGGCAGAAGAAACGCCACAAGAAGAAGCACAAAAAGCAAAAAGAGGAGACAAGGGAGUGUGGGGAAGGAGCACCCAGAAAGAAAAAGAAGCACUGCAAGAACAUGUAACCCUUUCAGGCUCAGGGGUGAGUCUGUGUUACAGGAGGCUCUGUGUAAGUGCAGCACCAAUCCAGGCUUGGACACUGCUCCAGCUGGGACAGGCUGGAUCUAAACACAGCCUGGAUCUAAACUCAGACUGGAUCUAAACCCAGCUCUCCCGAGGGAAAACGUGGUGAUGGGCCAACAGGAGCUUCAGUGCCACGUUCAAAAGGGAGGAUCAACACAUCAGGACUGUGAAAGGCAGAGGAUACUUUCUGCUGCUUCACCUGACUGUGUUUUUCUCAAUCUAGGGGAAAAAAAAAUUAAAAUCACCCUAGUACUGCCUUUUUAUUAAAAUUGUUUUUACUUGUGAGAGCCUGCUCUGCUUCUGGAAGCAGGAGGGGGUUUGCAAAGCUGUGUUUUCUCACUGAUUUUUGCAAAGUGGUGUCUAAUUUUUACAUUAAUCUCUUUUUACAUAUAAAAUGAAUGUUAUUUCUUCCCAGAAAGCUUACUCUGAUUAAAAGUUUGCUCCUAAGUGUCAGCUCUUAAGGGUGAAAUAAAAAGACCUCCCUGUGCCUCCAAGCCAUUGUCAAACAGUUGUAACUUUGCACCAAAGCUAAAGGAAAUGUGUAUUUACCUUAUCAUUUAUUAACCAUACCUAAAUCUUUGAUUUCCAUGCCAUACUCAGGAUCUCUUCACUGGUACCUCUGGAAACCAGAAAUAUCUGCCUUGGAUAGAGCAAGGUUUUUUCCUGAAACUGGGACACCAGUAGAUUUUAAAAGCACAGUCAGAUUGCUGUUGCCAUUCACACAUUGAAAACUUGCCGUGUGGAUUUAUAACCAAAUUAGAGCUUGUUUCUCAUUGUAAGCCUGGAAAUAAGGAAUGCUGGAACUGGGCAGUGCCACAAGCAGUUUUGUGGGAGAUCUGAAACAUUCAGCAUGAAUUUUGGCAUUUUAAUGUUACUCAGAGCUGUCAGAAGAGACAGGUGAGCUUGGAAGUGGUGGAAUGGGAAGAAGGAUUCCCCUUCCUGGUGUCCUGCUCUGAUGCUUCUUUGGCCACACCAAACUGACAGCACAACCCUGGACACCAGCCAGUUAUCCUGGCAGAAUGCAGAAUCCAAAUCCAUGAGCUGCUCAUUUCAUCCAGGCCUGGCUGGGUUUCAUCAGUGUAAAUCUAAAACAUCCCAUUGGCUGCUCUGCUGAAGAAAAUGGGUACAUUUUUAUAUUGUCUCAGCUCAGUGGAGUUGCUUAACAUGGUCUGAGGAACAUUGUCAAGAUGCAGAUGUUAACAGGGAAAAAAAUUUCCUUAAGCUGCCUUUAUUGUGCAGUGGAGGAAGCUCCAUCUGCAGCACCCAGACCACAUGGAUGGUUUGGUUGCAGCUCAACUCCUCUUUUUAAGAUCUUUUGGUUUCCAAAGCACCUUUUUUUUUCCUGUGCCUUCAGGAUAUGCUCAUUCACUGCAGCAAAAUGAAGUUUCACUUCUUGUAUAGGAGAACAAGAUGCCUUUCCCUGGAUUUCACGUGCCAGGGUGUUAACCCUUGUUGCAGCUCCUUUUCAGGCUGUACAAUUAUUAUUCACCAUAAUCUGCUUGUCCCUGGCUUCCUUAAGUGAAAUACCACCACAUACCAUCAGUUAUUGUCAAACUGGGAAGAAACUCUAUGCUUGAGGUGAAAAAAUCAUCUUCUCAGUGAAAGAAGACAGCAAAAUAAUGUUUUAUGUUAAACUGAAGCAUCCCUCCUGAUUUCUAGCUCACCACAAGUUGGAAUUUUUGUUAUUAGAUUCCAAAUGCCUCAUUGUUUCCAAUUAUUUUUUAACUCUUAAGCCAACUAAAUUUUACAGCCUCUCUGGGAUUUCAGUUUAAAAAGGUGCUACUCAAGGAAUAAGAUUUCUUUCUCCAAAUAAUGCUGGGCUUGUUUGUUUGUUCCCUCUGUGAAUUUUCAUGUGUUUCUGUGUGCCGAUUCUUGUGGGUGCUUGGCCACAUUCCAGUGUCAGUUACAGGAAGAAUAAAACCAGGAAUAAACCUUUAAAUUUGUACUGUUGCUCCUGUUAAAUUCAGGAUACCCAAGACUUAAAUCUGGCUCAGACCUAAGUAUCAGCUACCAAUGGAAGAUUCUCUAUUUCUGCAAUAAAUACACAGCACUUUAUCCUGGGAAAUGUGGAAUUUUAAUGUGCCCCAAGCUCCGCAUGUGGUUGUAGGAGGGGAAACUCAUAAUAAAUAAAUAAUCAUAAAUCAUAAAUUGCUUGUAUUUGACAGAAACAAUUGAUUUAACUGCUCUG